UGGGGUGGGGAUUGCCGUUGUCGCAGUGGUUGACUUCACAGAAGGCAGGCGAACGAACUCGUGGACUGCUGUACGGCAGCUGAGCGAGGUUCACGGCCGGUAUAUUGCGUCGAUCGUGAAUCCGGUUUUCAGGAGUGGUGUGGGUGGCGGUGUGAGUCAUCAUUAGAUAUGUGUCGACCUUCCUUUACCUUUGUCUUGUAGACAAGUGGUAGAAAUGGGCGAUUCGCUAGAAGGCGGGGGCGAAGGAGCUCCUGUCUCGGAAAAUAUUGUAGUAGUAGACUUACAGAUAUUCACACAAUUUCUUAAGAAAGUGGUUUUAACGCUUCUCCCGGAAUGUGAGGAUGCAGUAUCGCCGGCACUAAAUUCUGCCUUGAAUGAUAAGAAUAACCAAGACUGCAUUCAGAAGUAUCUCAGCGAUCCACAAGUAUCUUGUCUGUUCAUCCAAAGGGUUUCCACGAAAGAUGAAGAUGCAGACCAAGCAGGUGAAGGUGAAGAAGAAAAGGAUGUCAUCACUUAUUAUGUCUCAAACGAAGUUCACUUUACAAGUCCCAAGAUGAUGAGUGUUGUAUGCGUCAAACGAGGGCCAGUAGUAGAAGCUGAUAAAUCCCUGCAUUCUCAAGUGCGCUUCAUCACAUUCAGUGAGGGAUCUGCCUAUGAAACACUCCAUGCUUUCAUCAGUAAAACGAUGGUGCCAUAUUUCAAAUCCUAUGUGAAAGAAUCUGGAAGAGCAGACAGAGAUGGUGAUAAAAUGGCACCAUCAGUGGAAAAGAAAAUGGCAGAGUUGGAGAUGGGUUUACUUCAUCUUCAACAAAACAUUGACAUUCCUGAAAUAUCGUUACCAGUGCAUCCAACAGUGGCUGCUGUUAUAAAGAGAUGCCUAGACGAAGGCAGAAAGCCAAAAGUUGCAGAUUUUGGAGACAGGGUGGAAGACUCGACGUUUCUGAACCAACUUCAAAAUGGUGUGAAUCGCUGGAUCAAAGAAAUACAGAAGGUGACGAAGUUAGAUCGUGAUCCUUCGUCUGGAACAGCUCUACAGGAGAUCAGUUUUUGGCUGAAUUUGGAACGAGCACUGCACCGAAUUCAAGAGAAGAGAGAGAGCCUUGAAGUAGCACUGACUUUAGACAUUUUGAAACAUGGCAAGCGCUUUCAUGCCACUGUCAGUUUUGACACAGAUACUGGUUUGAAGCAAGCUCUGGCUACAGUCAACGAUUACAAUCCAUUGAUGAAAGAUUUCCCAAUUAAUGAUUUGCUGUCGGCAACAGAGCUUGAUCGGAUAAGAUCAGCUGUUCAGUUGAUAUUUUCCCACUUGCGCAAAAUUAGAAAUACCAAGUACCCAAUUCAGAGAGCUUUGCGUUUAGUAGAAGCUAUUUCGCGAGAUUUGGGAACUCAACUUCUGAAGGUUUUAGGAACAAGGAGGUUAAUGCACAUCCCUUUUGAUGAGUUUGAAAAAGUCAUGUCCCAGUGCUUUGAUGUAUUUACUACUUGGGAUGAUGAAUAUGACAAACUGCAAGGUUUACUGAGAGACAUAGUGAAGAAGAAGCGAGACGAACACCUGAAAAUGGUGUGGCGCAUUUCACCUGCACACAAAAAGCUGCAAGUACGAAUGGAACACAUGCGUCGGUUCCGCCGGCAACACGAACAGCUGCGAACAGUCAUUGUUAGAGUGCUGCGUCCAGCACUCUCUGCGACACUAGCAGAGGGUACAGGGCCUGCAGGAACCACGCCAGCUGCCCCAAACACACAGACAGAGAUCCCUGAUGCAGCAGACAUCAAGCCUGACCCAGCAGCAAUGGAUGCCGCGGAUGCUAAUGCUAUUGAGGAAGUAAACCUUGCCUAUGAGAAUGUGAAGGAAGUAGAUUGUUUGGACAUCUCUCGGGAAGGCCUUGACGCAUGGGAUGCUGCUGUGCGAAGAUAUGAAGAGCGAAUUGACCGUGUAGAGACACGCAUUACGGCCCAUCUGCGUGAUCAAUUAGGAACUGCAAAGAAUGCCAAUGAGAUGUUCCGCAUCUUCUCUCGCUUCAAUGCCUUGUUUGUGCGACCUCACAUCCGUGGUGCCAUCAGAGAGUAUCAGACUCAGCUCAUCCAGCGAGUGAAAGAUGAUAUUGAGGCUCUGCAUGAGAAGUUUAAGGUUCAGUAUCCACAAAGCAAAUCGUGCCGGAUGAGCACUGUAAGAGAUCUACCUCCAGUGUCUGGCUCUAUUGUCUGGGCCAAACAGAUUGAUCGACAACUGACAGCAUAUCUGCGACGAGUUGAAGAUGUUUUGGGAAAAGGAUGGGAGAAUCACAUUGAAGGUCAAAAAUUAAAGGCAGAUGGUGAUAGCUUCAGAUUGAAGCUCAACACACAAGAAAUUUUUGACGAAUGGGCCCGAAAAGUGCAGCAAAGAAACUUGGGAGUCACUGGUCGUAUCUUUGCUAUUGAGAGUCACCGAUCGCGAGUUGGCCGAGGAAAUGUUCUGAAGCUCAGAGUUAACUUUCACCCAGAAAUCAUUACUUUAGCCAAAGAGGUUCGAAAUCUGAAGAGCCUAGGAUUCAGAGUGCCUUUGGCUAUUGUCAACAAGGCCCACCAAGCCAAUCAGUUGUAUCCGUUUGCCAUCUCAUUAAUUGAAAGCGUACGCACAUAUGAGAGGACUCUGGAAAAGAUCGAAGACAAGGCUAGUGUCAUUCCAUUGGUAGCAGGCUUGAGGAAAGAAGUACAGAUGCUUAUUGCAGAGGGCAUUGCUCUUGUGUGGGAAAGCUAUAAGCUUGAUCCCUAUGUGCAACGACUGGCUGAAGUGGUAUUUGGCUUCCAAGAGAAGGUAGAAGAUCUGCUGGUGGUGGAAGAACAGUUGGAUGUUGAUGUCAGGUCCAUUGAGACUUGUCCCUACUCUGCUCAUACAUUUGCAGACAUCCUCAGCAAAAUCCAGCAUGCUGUGGAUGAUCUUUCUCUGAGGCAGUACUCCAAUUUACACAUUUGGGUGACACGACUUGAUGAAGAAGUGGAAAAGAAUCUUGCUGCUCGGCUGCAAGCUGGAAUCCAGGCGUGGACCAACGCACUGAACGGCACCAAGAAGGAGAUCGAUCUGAGCAUGGACACUGAUGCCCCGGCCCAGCCCACCCACAAGCCAGGUGGAGAACCUCAAAUCCAGCAAAUGCUGCAUGAAGUACGCAUUACUAACCAGACAAUGUACUUGUACCCCAGCGAAGAGGAAGCUCGAUUUGAGAUCAUGCAGAAGUUAUUUGCAUGGCAGGCCAUUGUUACUUCACAGAUUCGGUUACAGAGCUCACGUUACCAGGUUGGUCUAGAUCGUCCUACAAGCCAGACUUAUCGAAAUCUUCUAACAAAAUUGCCAGGAGGAUUUGCAGUGCUGGAAUCAGCUUAUGAGGCUAUUGAGAAUAAGAUGAAAGAGGUUCAUAAUUAUUUUGGAGAGUGGUUGCAGUAUCAGUCUCUUUGGGAUCUACAGUCUGACCUUCUUUAUGGUCGUCUGGGUGAGGAUAUCAGUUUGUGGAUGAAGUGCCUGAACGAUAUCAAAAAAUCACGAACCACCUUUGAUACAUCAGAAACGCGUCGAGAGUUUGGUCCCAUUGUUAUAGAUUACACUAAAGUACAGAGUAAAGUGUCGUUGAAGUAUGAUUCAUGGCACAAAGAGACCUUGAGCAAGUUUGGAAGCUUAUUGGGCAAUGAAAUGUCUCAAUUUCACACUCAAGUCUCCAAGUCACGAAGUGAACUGGAACAACAGUCCAUUGAAGCUGCUAGCACCUCAGAUGCGGUGACCUUUAUUACUUAUGUGCAAUCUCUGAAGAGAAAAAUGAAAGCCUGGGAAAAACAGGUGGAAGUGUAUCGUGAAGGCCAACGAAUUCUAGAACGCCAAAGAUUUCAAUUUCCAAACUCCUGGUUGCACGUGGAUAACAUUGAAGGAGAAUGGAGCGCUUUCAAUGAGAUUAUUAAGCGCAAAGAUUCUUCAAUUCAAACUCAGGUUGCAAGCCUCCAAAUGAAGAUUGUGGCAGAGGACCGUGCAGUGGAAACGAGGACCAACGACUUCUUAGUGGAUUGGGAACGCAGCAAGCCAGUUGAGGGCCAUUUGCGUCCAGACGAAGCUCUGCAGCAUCUGCAAUUGUAUGAAACAAAGUUUGCGCGACUGAAAGAAGAGAGAGAUAAUGUUGCAAAGGCGAAGGAAGCUCUUGAACUUCAGGAACCAGGUGGUGUCAGUACCAGUGAGGAUCGCAUGCAGGUUGUUCUGGAGGAGCUGCAGGACUUGCGUGGAGUGUGGUCGGAGUUGUCACGCAUCUGGGCCCAGAUUGAUGAGCUGCGCGAGAAACCUUGGCUGUCUGUGCAGCCCAGGAAGCUUAGGCAGCAAUUGGACACACUGGUGAACAUGAUGAUUGUUGAGUUGAAGUCUGAUGCUCUCAAAGAGCGUCAUUGGAAGCAGUUGAUGAAGCAGCUGCGUGUUAACUGGGUGUUGUCUGACUUGACACUUGGACAAGUGUGGGAUGUGAACUUGCAGAAGAACGAAGCAGUUGUUAAAGACAUAAUUUUGAUUGCUCAGGGAGAGAUGGCGCUGGAGGAGUUCUUGAAACAGGUUCGAGAAUCUUGGCAGAACUAUGAGCUGGAUCUCAUUAACUAUCAAAACAAAUGCCGCCUGAUUCGAGGGUGGGAUGACCUGUUCAACAAAGUCAAGGAACAUAUCAACUCUGUAGCAGCCAUGAAACUUUCUCCCUACUACAAGGUGUUUGAAGAAGAAGCUCUAACUUGGGAAGAGAAAUUAAAUCGCAUCAAUGCAUUAUUUGAUGUAUGGAUAGAUGUGCAGCGCCGCUGGGUUUAUCUUGAAGGCAUUUUCAGUGGCAGUGCUGACAUCAAAGUCCUCCUUCCAGUUGAAACAUCUCGCUUCCAAAGUAUCAGCUCUGAGUUUCUUGGACUCAUGAAGAAAGUGACCAAAUCGCCCAUGGUCAUGGAUGUGUUGAACAUCCCUGCAGUGCAGCGCUCCUUGGAGCGUCUUGCUGAUUUGCUGGGCAAAAUCCAAAAGGCCCUUGGAGAGUAUCUUGAAAGGGAAAGAACCUCUUUCCCGAGAUUCUACUUUGUGGGUGAUGAGGAUCUUCUGGAGAUCAUUGGCAAUAGCAAAAAUGUGGCUCGUUUGCAGAAGCACUUCAAAAAGAUGUUUGCUGGAGUGGCAGCUAUUUUACUGAAUGAAGACAACACUGUCAUAACAGGAAUUGCUUCAAGAGAGGGGGAAGAGGUUCAAUUCUUGGAGCCAGUCUCCACCGUAGAGCAUCCCAAAAUCAACGAGUGGCUGUCCCUGGUGGAGGCCCAGAUGCGCCUCACACUGGCCUCGUCCCUGGCUCAGGCUGUACAGGACAUCAAGCAGUUCAAGGACGGAGCAAUUGACCCUCAGGCGUACAUGGAGUGGUGUGACAAGUACCAGGCCCAGAUUGUGGUGUUGGCAGCUCAGAUCCUCUGGUCAGAGGAUGUAGAGGCAGCGCUUCACCAAGUGAGCCAGUCUGAUGACCUGGGCAUGGCCCCUCUAGAAAGAGUGCUAGCGCAGGUUGGUGCCACCCUGAAUGUGUUGGCUGACUCCGUUCUGCAGGAGCAACCCCCACUGCGCCGUAAGAAGUUAGAGCACCUGAUCAAUGAGUUUGUGCACAAGCGCACGGUAACACGUCGGCUGAUCGCCAUUCGUAUCUCCAGUCCCAAGGCCUUUGAGUGGCUGACAGAAAUGCGCUUCUACUUUGAUCCUCGUCAAACGGAUGUUCUGCAGCAACUGACCAUUCACAUGGCAAAUGCUCGCUUCUUUUAUGGGUUUGAGUACCUUGGGGUUCAAGAUCGGUUGGUGCAGACUCCUUUGACUGACCGUUGCUACCUCACAAUGACCCAGGCACUUGAGGCAAGACUUGGAGGAUCUCCAUUUGGACCAGCCGGAACUGGGAAAACUGAAUCUGUAAAAGCACUGGGUCAUCAGUUGGGCCGAUUUGUGUUGGUGUUCAAUUGUGAUGAGACUUUUGACUUCCAGGCUAUGGGACGCAUCUUCGUUGGUUUGUGUCAGGUCGGAGCUUGGGGGUGCUUUGAUGAAUUUAAUCGUUUGGAAGAGCGCAUGCUCUCAGCAGUGUCUCAGCAAGUGCAGACCAUCCAAGAAGCAUUGAAGAGUGCACAGGAUGGUAAGGAGGAAGGCAGCAUCCAUGUUGAAUUGGUGGGCAAACAAGUCCGAGUCUCUCCAGACAUGGCCAUCUUCAUUACUAUGAAUCCUGGCUAUGCUGGUCGAUCAAACCUGCCUGAUAACUUGAAGAAACUCUUCCGGUCCUUGGCUAUGACAAAGCCAGACCGGCAAUUGAUUGCUGAAGUGAUGCUGUUCUCUCAAGGGUUCCGUUCUGCAGAAAAACUUGCCUGCAAAAUUGUGCCUUUUUUCAAGUUGUGCGAUGAGCAGCUGUCCAAUCAGUCACACUAUGAUUUUGGUUUGCGAGCUUUAAAGUCUGUGCUUGUAUCAGCUGGUAAUGUGAAGCGAGAUCGCAUUCAAAAGAUCAAAGAAAACAUGAGACUCCAAGGCAAGACUCAAAUUGAUGAAGCGUCUAUUGCAGAAAAUCUUCCAGAGCAGGAGAUCCUGAUUCAGUCAGUGUGUGAGACGAUGGUGCCCAAGCUUGUGGCUGAAGAUAUUCCGCUUUUAUUUUCACUGCUGUCAGAUGUGUUUCCUAAUGUCAACUACACGAGAGCUGAAAUGGCCGGUCUGAAGGAACAGAUCAGAAAAGUAUGCCAAGAAGAGUAUUUAGUGUGUGGAGAAGGUGAUGAACAAGGCAGUGCAUGGAUGGAGAAGGUGUUGCAGCUGUACCAGAUCUGCAACUUGAACCACGGCUUAAUGAUGGUUGGCCCCAGUGGCUCAGGCAAGACCACUGCCUGGAAGGUGCUGCUUAAGGCCUUGGAACGGUUUGAAGGUAUUGAAGGUGUAGCUCAUGUCAUUGAUCCCAAAGCCAUUUCAAAGGAAGCUCUGUAUGGUGUGCUGGAUCCCAACACGCGUGAAUGGACUGAUGGCCUCUUCACACACAUCUUGAGAAAAAUCAUUGAUAAUGUGAGAGGAGAAAUCAACAAGAGACAAUGGAUAAUAUUCGAUGGAGAUGUGGAUCCUGAAUGGGUAGAGAACCUAAACUCGGUAUUGGAUGACAAUAAACUCCUAACACUGCCAAAUGGUGAGCGCCUCUCCUUGCCACCUAACGUCAGAGUGAUGUUUGAGGUGCAAGACCUGAAGUAUGCUACGCUAGCUACAGUAUCCCGUUGUGGAAUGGUGUGGUUCUCUGAAGAUGUUCUCUCGACAGAGAUGAUCUUUGAGAACUACAUGUCACGCCUGCGCAACAUUCCCUUGGAAGAGGCUGACGAAGAUGCAGUUAGCUUUGGCUUGAAACCAGCUGGAUCCGGGGAGGCUAAAGAAGACACCCUUUCUCCUGCCUUACAGGUUCAGCAUGAAGUUGCCAGUAUUUUGCAGUCAUACUUCUCGCCCGAUGGGCUUGUGGUCCGGUGUCUGGAAUUUGCUACUCGUCAGGAACACAUAAUGGAUUUUACACGAUUGCGAGCAUUGUCCUCUCUGUUUUCCAUGCUUAAUCAAGGUGUUAGAAAUGUGCUGCAGUACAACCAUACCCAUGCAGACUUCCCUCUGCCAAGUGAGCAGCUAGAGAGGUACAUUCCUAAAGUUCUUGUGUAUGCCCUCCUGUGGAGUUUUGCUGGUGAUGCCAAACUGAAAGUUCGUUCUGACUUGGGAGAUUUCAUUCGAUCAGUGACCACAGUUUCUCUGCCACAAGCAUCUAACAUGCCCAUCAUUGACUAUGAGGUGAAUAUCACUGGGGAGUGGUCUCCAUGGUCCAACAAAGUGCCUCAAAUCGAGGUGGAGACCCACAAAGUGGCUGCUCCAGAUGUGGUGGUCCCCACACUUGAUACCGUCAGGCAUGAAUCUCUGCUCUACACUUGGUUGGCCGAGCACAAACCUCUGGUGUUGUGUGGACCACCUGGUUCGGGCAAGACCAUGACCCUCUUCUCAGCCUUGAGGGCUCUGCCGGACAUGGAAGUGGUGGGGCUCAACUUCUCCUCCGCAACAACACCGGAGCUGCUAUUGAAAACCUUCGAUCACUACUGCGAGUAUCGCAAGACGCCCAAUGGAGUGGUUCUAGCCCCUGUACAGUUGGGAAAAUGGUUGGUGCUGUUCUGUGAUGAAAUCAACCUGCCUGACAUGGACCAAUAUGGCACGCAGAGAGUAAUCUCUUUCCUGCGGCAGCUCGUGGAGCACAGAGGCUUCUACAGAGCAUCUGACCAGGCGUGGGUGGCCCUGGAACGCAUUCAGUUUGUUGGGGCCUGCAACCCUCCCACAGACCCUGGCCGAAAGCCUCUGUCACAUCGCUUUCUGAGGCACGUGCCUGUUAUCUACGUGGACUACCCUGGGGAGACCUCUCUCAAACAGAUUUAUGGUACCUUCAGCCGUGCAAUGCUUCGCCUUAUUCCACCUCUGCGAGGUUAUGCUGAGCCAUUAACCAAUGCUAUGGUUGAAUUUUACCUGGCCUCUCAGGAAAAGUUCACUCAAGACAUGCAGCCCCAUUAUGUAUAUUCCCCUCGAGAAAUGACAAGAUGGGUUCGUGGUAUAUGUGAGGCCAUUCGUCCUUUGGAGACUUUGACCGUGGAGGGACUUGUUCGUCUGUGGGCUCAUGAGGCUCUCCGCCUCUUCCAAGAUCGAUUGGUGGACGAUACCGAACGUCGUUGGACGAAUGACAACAUUGAUGUGGUUGCGUUGAAGCACUUCCCAGGAGUAGACAGAGAAGCUGCACUGAACAGACCCAUCUUGUACAGCAAUUGGUUGUCCAAGGAUUACAUGCCCGUUAAAAGAGAAGAGCUGCGAGAAUAUGUCAAAGCAAGACUUAAGGUUUUCUAUGAAGAGGAGUUGGAUGUUCCAUUGGUGCUCUUUGAUGAAGUUCUGGAACAUGUUUUGCGAAUUGAUCGUAUCUUUAGACAACCACAAGGACAUCUGCUGCUAAUUGGUGUGUCUGGAGCUGGCAAGACAACGCUUUCCAGAUUCGUGGCAUGGAUGAAUGGAUUGUCCAUUUUCCAGAUUAAGGUUCAUAACAAAUAUACAGGAGAAGAUUUUGAUGAAGAUCUGAGAGCUGUCUUGCGACGUGCUGGUUGCAAGGAUGAGAAGAUUGCAUUUAUUCUUGAUGAAUCGAAUGUCCUGGAUUCUGGAUUCCUUGAGAGAAUGAAUACUCUUUUGGCCAAUGGGGAUGAGUACACGACCUUAAUGACCCAAUGCAAAGAAGGCGCCCAGCGGGAGGGGCUGAUGCUGGACUCCAAUGAGGAACUGUACAAGUGGUUCACCGGGCAGGUCAUGCGUAACUUGCAUGUUGUGUUCACUAUGAACCCUUCUUCGGAGGGACUCAAGGACAGGGCUGCCACCUCUCCUGCCCUCUUCAACAGAUGUGUGCUGAACUGGUUUGGUGACUGGUCUGAUGGCGCUCUAUUCCAGGUCGGUCGUGAGUUCACUAGUCGGGUGGACCUUGACCGUCCACAUUGGAAAGCACCUGACUUCUUCCCAGCUGCCUAUUCAGGCCUGCCUCCACAGCCAACGCAUAGGGAUGCAGUCAUUAACGCAGCUGUGUAUGUGCACCAGACACUGCACAAAGCAAAUGCACGUCUUGCCAAAAGAGGCGGCUGCACUAUGGCCAUCACUCCAAGACAUUACCUUGAUUUCAUUCACCAUUUUGUGAAACUGUACAAUGAGAAGCGCUCAGAUCUAGAAGAGCAGCAAUUGCAUUUGAAUGUAGGUCUCAACAAAAUUGCUGAGACUGUUGAGCAAGUUGAGGAAAUGCAAAAGUCUCUAGCAGUAAAAUCUCAGGAACUGCAAGCAAAGAACGAAGCUGCCAAUGCCAAGCUGCGCCAGAUGGUGAAAGAUCAACAAGAAGCAGAGAAGAAGAAAGUGCAGUCGCAGGAGAUCCAGGCGGAACUGGAGGUGCAAGAAGUGAAGAUAGCGCAGAAACGGGAAGAUGUGAUGGCUGACUUGGCUCAGGUUGAACCUGCUGUGAUAGAUGCCCAACAAGCUGUCAAGUCAAUUCGCCGGCAACACUUGGUUGAGGUUCGCACGAUGGCCAAUCCUCCGGUGCUCGUCAAACUUGCCUUGGAGCCCAUCUGUUUGCUCUUGGGGGAAAACGCCAAUGAUUGGAAGAGCAUACGAGCUGUGUUAAUGAAGGACAACUUUAUCAAUAUGAUUGUUAAUUUCAAUACGGAUGAUAUUACCGAUGAUGUUCGUGAAAAAAUGAAGAUGCGCUAUCUGAGCAAUCCUGAUUACAAUUUUGAGAAAGUGAACAGAGCAAGUAUGGCUUGUGGACCUAUGGUGAAGUGGGCUACAGCACAGAUCAACUAUGCUGACAUGCUGAAGCGCGUUGAGCCAUUGCGUGAAGAGUUGAGCUCUCUGGAAAGGCAGGCAGAUGAGAACAAGGCGCGAGGACAGGAGGUGACCAGCCUCAUUGCACAGUUGGAGCAGAGCAUUGCUGCCUACAAGGAAGAAUAUGCACAGCUCAUCUCGCAGGCGCAAGCCAUUAAGACCGACUUGGAAAAUGUGCAAGCAAAGGUUGAUCGUUCUAUCGCCCUUCUGAAAUCUCUUGGUAUAGAAAGAGAGAGAUGGGAAGCAACUAGCGAGACCUUCCGUUCUCAGAUGUCUACUAUCAUUGGCGAUGUGUUGCUGUCUUCAGCAUUCCUGGCUUAUGCUGGCUACUUUGAUCAACACUACCGACAGAAUCUUUUUGCAACAUGGUGUCACCAUCUGCAACAGGCAGGCCUGCAAUUCAGGGUGGACAUUGCACGCACAGAGUACUUGUCCAACCCGGAUGAGAGGUUGAGGUGGCAAGCCAACGCUCUUCCGUCAGAUGAUCUAUGCACUGAGAAUGCCAUCAUGUUGAAGAGAUUCAACCGAUAUCCAUUAAUCAUCGAUCCUUCUGGUCAGGCCACAGAAUUCAUUAUGAAUGAGUUCCGUGAUAAGAAAAUUACAAAAACUAGUUUCUUGGAUGAUUCGUUCCGUAAGAAUUUGGAAUCUGCAUUAAGAUUUGGUAAUCCAUUGCUUGUUCAGGAUGUAGAAAACUAUGAUCCCAUUCUCAACCCUGUUCUGAAUCGUGAACUCCGACGUACCGGAGGUCGAGUUCUCAUUACAUUGGGAGAUCAGGACAUUGAUUUGUCUCCAUCAUUUGUCAUCUUCUUGUCGACGCGUGAUCCAACUGUUGAAUUUCCUCCUGACAUUUGCUCCAGAGUGACGUUUGUCAACUUCACAGUCACUCGAAGUUCUCUGCAGAGUCAGUGCCUCAACCAGGUCUUAAAGGCGGAAAGACCCGAUAUUGAUGAAAAGAGAUCUGACUUGCUGAAACUGCAAGGUGAAUUCCACCUGAGACUGCGCCAGUUGGAGAAAUCGCUUCUACAGGCAUUGAAUGAUGCAAAGGGUAAAAUCCUGGAUGAUGAUAGUGUGAUUACAACUUUGGAGACACUGAAACAAGAAGCUGCAGAUAUCAGCAAAAAGGUUGAAGAGACAGACAAAGUCAUUGGAGAAAUUGAAACAGUUUCUCAGCAGUAUAUGCCAUUGUCACAGGCCUGCAGCAAUAUUUACUUCACAAUGGACAGUCUCAACCAAAUUCAUUUCCUAUAUCAGUAUUCUCUCAAGUUCUUCCUUGAUAUAUUCAGUUCAGUGCUAUACAGGAACAAUAAACUGAAUAACGUUACGGAUUAUGCUGCCAGAUUAGCCAUUGUUACAAAAGACUUGUUUGGGGUUUGUUAUGAACGUGUCGCAAGAGGUAUGCUGCAUACAGACCGCCUGACAUUUGCUCUCCUGCUUUGUCGUAUCCAUUUGAAGGGAGUGCCCUCUGAGCCUAGUUUGGAUGCAGAAUUCAAUUUCUUCCUGCGUGGCCGUGAAGGCAUGCUAACACAGCGUCCACCCACUAUGGAAGGACUCAACAAUGAGCAAUUAGAAGCAUUGUUCAGGCUCUCUACAAGACUUCCCGCCUUCAAGAACUUAGCAAUGCGGAUCCAAGAAAUGCCGGAGUUGAGCGCUUGGCUGCAGCAGAGCACUCCUGAGCAGUGCGUGCCCCAGCUCUGGCAGGAGGAAAAACCCCUGAGCACAAUUGGCACAGCGAUGUAUCAGUUGCUGCUCAUUCAGGCUUUCCGUGCUGAUCGUGUGAUAGCUGCUGGUCAGCAACUCGUGGCUGCAGUGUUAGGUCCAGACUUCAUGCCUGCUGCAGAGAAAGAAUUGGACUUGCCCAGCAUUGUGGAGAAUGAAGUGACUGCAAGUGUGCCGGCCCUCUUGUGCUCAGUGCCUGGCUUUGAUGCCUCGGGCCGCGUAGAUGAUUUGGCUGCUGAACUCGGUCGACCCUUAGCGGGUAUCGCAAUUGGGUCAGCUGAAGGCUUCAGUCAGGCAGACCGUGCUAUUAACUUAGCUGUGAAAUCUGGCAGAUGGGUUCUCUUGAAGAACGUUCAUUUAGCACCUCAGUGGUUAGUGCAGCUAGAGAAGAAGCUUCAUUCAUUGCAACCGCAUGCAGCUUUCCGGCUCUUCCUGACAAUGGAGAUCAAUCCAAAAGUGCCUGUCAACCUCUUGCGUGCUGGACGGAUAUUUGUGUUUGAACCGCCACCCGGUAUUCGGGCCAACCUUCUGCGCACAUUCAGUACUGUCCCUGCCUCACGAAUGAUGAAAGCUCCUAGUGAGCGUGCUCGUUUGUACUUCUUGCUGGCAUGGUUCCAUGCCAUAGUUCAGGAACGCCUGCGGUAUGCUCCUCUUGGAUGGGCAAAGUAUUAUGAAUUUAAUGAGUCCGAUCUGCGUGUUGCUUGUGACACUUUGGAUACAUGGAUUGAAGCAACAGCAAUGGGUCGCACCAACUUGCCUCCUGAGAAAGUGCCUUGGGAUGCUUUGGUGAUGCUUCUGUCUCAGUGCAUCUACGGUGGAAAGAUUGACAAUGACUUUGACCAGAGGUUGCUGGGCUCUUUCUUGGCAAAGCUGUUUACUCCACGGAGCUUUGAAGCAGACUUUGCACUCGUUGCAAAUGUGGAUGGAGUAGGAGGAGGACCAGGUGGACAGAGGCAUAUCACCAUGCCUGAUGGCACCCGCAGGGAUCAUUUCUUGUGUUGGAUCGAAUCACUUUCUGACAGACAGACACCAUCGUGGCUGGGCCUGCCAAACAAUGCUGAGAAAGUGCUUUUAACCACACGAGGAACAGACCUUGUGAGCAAACUGUUGAAAAUGCAAGAACUGGAGGAUGACGACGAACUGGCUUACUCACCAGAGGAAGGCCUGGACCAAGCCAGUGAGAAGCAGGUGGACGGACGCCCAUCCUGGAUGCGCACCCUUCACAAUUCUGCCUCCACAUGGCUGAAUCUGUUGCCCCGUUCUCUCCAGACUUUACGUCGAACUGUGGAGAAUAUCAAAGAUCCUUUGUAUCGUUAUUUUGAACGUGAAGUUAACUCUGGAGCUCGUCUGCUACAAGACGUCAUACAUGAUCUAGAAGAUGUAGUGCUCAUCUGUCAGGGAGAGAAGAAACAAACCAAUUACCAUCGCACCAUGUUGAGUGAUUUAGUUAAAGGUAUUCUGCCAGCUAACUGGCGCCGGUAUACUGUACCACGUGGUUGUACCGUUAUUCAGUGGAUCACAGAUUUCAGCCAACGUGUGCGACAACUUCAAGAAGUAUCACAGUUGGUGUCGCAAGGAGGUGCUAAGGAAAUUAAGAGUUUCCAUGUUUGGCUUGGAGGCCUCCUCAAUCCUGAGGCAUAUAUCACGGCCACCCGUCAGUGCAUUGCACAAGCCAAUAGCUGGUCGCUGGAGGAGUUGAUGCUGGAAGUGACCAUCACAGAUGCAGGCCGAUUGAAGCUUCAAGGGUCACAAUGCCGCAACAACCAAUUGCAUCUGACAUCAACUAUCAUGACAGAUUUACCCCUCACUCUGCUGCGUUGGGUCAGGACUGGUCCUGGAGCUGAAGCUGCUGCUAGGAGCAAAUUGUCUCUGCCUGUCUACUUGAACUCUACCCGCACUGAGCUUCUAUUUACUGUUGACCUCAACAUUGCGCCCGGGCAGGAUCAACACAGCUUCUAUGAACGAGGCGUUGCUGUACUCACCUCCACCGCACUGAACUGAGCUGCUCUCUGUGUGCUUGUCUAAAAGUUUGAGCUUUCUGCACAUUUGUGUUGUUCUUUUAAGUGUCUUGUUGCACAUAUAAUUCGGUUAAUUUUAUACUAGCAGUUUCAAUAAUUGCCUGUUAACAAUUGUAUGAAUUAUAAAAAAACAAUCUUCUGUAGGAUUUUAUAUGCUUAAGAAGAGGAAUUGGAAGGAAUGUACAGCCUUUUUUGAAUUGUAAGUAAAUUACUGUUGAUGUAUGCCACGAUUUCUAAAGAUUGUCAGUAUUAGUCAUUGUGAAAUUUAUUUCUAGGGACUGGGGUUAAUGUUUCUUUCAGUUUCCCAUAAGCAUUAAAUGUCUUAAGCAAAAGGAUAAACUAAUUAAUGUAUGAUAAAUGAAUAAUUGCGGUAGCUAUUUGUUGUGUAUUUUUAUCUUAUAUAUUGCACGUUAUUUAUGUUGUUUAAUGGAAAUAAAAGUUGCCUUUUGAACUUUGAACA